AGCCCCUACGGAUUAACAUGCAUUUCUUAUCAGCUCCAUAUCUUGCAUUUAUUUCACAGCUUUACAAACCUUUCAAUGUACCGAGUAUAACAUAUUUUCAGUGAUUUACGUAAAUAAAUAUUCAAACAACGAACUUUGCUAUCAAAGCACAGAGCUGAUGCCGAGUAAUAUUGAGGUUACAAUUACGACGCUGGCUACCCUCCCCCACCUUGCAGAUCGGCUACCCUAAUCUUUCCAUAGUCAACAGAGGGGUCCUUCAUAGACCGAAGAUUGGAACGAAGUAGAGUUAGCACGAAAAUUGGUGUAGCUCGACACUACUAUUUGGGUACUAAAACCUCACGAUCACAAGAUGGCUUCAACGUCAACCCAGAAAAUGACACAGGUAGACUUGGAGAAAGAGGCGACAACGACAAGGGGACCAAUUAGUCCACCGUAUCUGGAAAUCAAUGAAACAGGACACAUUCAACAGUUAGAACGGAACUUCUCCCUUCUAUCGAUUUGUUCCGUCGGAAUUGUUACGGGGAAUACUUGGGCUGCUAUUGGUGGUACGAUUGCUGUCGCCAUCUAGCAAGUCAGCCAAUUCCCAAAUCGUUGGAAUGAAUGCUAAGUGGAGGUAGCAAUGGAGGUCCUCCGGGUGUGCUUUAUGAGUUUAUUGCUGUGUCGCUCUUUUAUUGGUUGAUUGCUGCUUCUCUUGCUGUAAGUGUUGGUCUGAAAGGAAUGGUAUUCGUGGUAUUGACGGAGAUUUGAAGGAACUUGCUUCGUCGAUGCCUAAUUCGGCUGGCGUUUUUCAUUGGGCUUCAAUUACUCCCGGUCCCAAGUACGGACGGGUUAUUGGCUGGUUUGCUGGGUGGUGGAAUACUUUUGCAUGGAUUUGUGGCACUGGUAAAUGAAGCACCUUCUUCGAAUCGACCAUGCUAAUAUUUUGUAGCUUCAUUGACAAGUAUCUGCGCCCAGAUUGCAAUUGCAAUGUAUGGACUUUCAAGACCCGAGUAUGUACCAGAAAGGUGGCAUGUAUUCGUUGGCCAAGUAACCAUCUCUUGGAUUUCCUGCUUUAUUGUUCUCUUCGCCAAUAGAGCACUCCCCAUGAUCAGCAAUGUGGGAAUCUUGUUCUGUCUCGGCGGGCUACUGAUUACAAUACUCGCCUGUGCUAUCCUGCCUCAUCAAACAGGCGCUGGAUACGCCACUUCUUCAUUCGUCUGGAAAGACUGGGCAAAUCAAACUGGAUACAGCAGCAACGGCUUCGUAUUCCUAGCUGGCAUGCUCAAUGGAGCGUACUCGAUCGGAACCCCCGAUUGCUGUGCCCACCUCGCAGAAGAGAUCCCAAAUCCAAAACGCAACGUCCCCCUCGCAAUGGCAGCACAGAUGAUCAUCGGUUUCUUCGCCGCAUUCUUAUACUUAAUCGCCAUUCUCUACGCAACCAAAGAUCUCGACGCCGUCCUCUCAUCCCCUUACUUCCCUCUAAUGCAGAUAUAUAUCCAAGCAACCGGCUCCCACGCAGGCACAAUAGGUCUUCUCUUCGUAAUCCUCCUCCCUCUCAUAUGUUGCUGCACCGGAACAUUCAUCACAGCUGGCCGCGGAGUCUGGACCCUCGCCCGCGACGAAGCCAUCCCCUUCUCCUCCACCCUCGGACAAAUCUCCCCGCGCUUCAAGAACCCCUUCAACGCAACCAUUCUCUGUGGCAUCUUCUCCACGAUCCUGGGCGCGAUAUACGUCGCUUCGACCACGGCAUUUAAUGCCUUCGUCGGCUCUUUCGUCGUCCUAUCUACGCUCUCCUAUCUCGCCGCCAUCCUACCUUUCAUCCUCACGAAACGCUUUGACAAGGCUAGUACGGACCAGCGAGAUUUUGUGAAUAGUAUGACGCCGGGACCGUUUCAGAUGGGGAGGAGGAUGGGGUAUGUGGUUAAUAGCGUUUCUUGUGUUUAUAUUGCUGUUUUUGUGGUGAUUUUUUGUUUUCCUUAUAGUAUGCCUGUGACGGCUGUUAAUAUGAAUUACUCCUCGUUGAUUGCCGGGGCGGUGACG